AUGGUGUCCCGCAAGGCCGUGGCUGUCCUGCUGGUGGCUCACGUCGCCGCCCUGCUGGCCUCCCAGACGGAAGCCUUCGUCCCCAUCUUCACCUACGGCGAGCUGCAGAGGAUGCAGGAAAAGGAGCGAAACAAAGGGCACAAGAAAUCCCUGCGUGAACAGCAGAGGCCCGAAGAGGCUGUUCCUCUGGGCCCCGCGGAGCCCACGGAGGAGGAAGAAGGCAGAGUUAUCAAGCUCACUGCUCCCGUGGAAAUUGGAAUGAGGGUGAACUCGCGGCAGCUGGAAAAGUACCGGGCUCCCUGGAAGGGCUGCUGA